ACCUCGACACUGUGACUCUACCUCACUUUGUGUGUCCAAGUCUGCCAAUCCUUAGUGUUUUGUUCGUCCUCUCACGAUAGCCCACUGUGACUGACCCCUCCACCAACAAGUACGUGAGCACUCCAAAAUCAAUGGGACAGCCUCCAGUCCCCGCGUUCCGACGUCGGACUGGUUCUUCACAGGGUCCUUGUCCUUUUGUUGUUGAUGUACCUUGCGAUGAGCAAUCGCCUGGCGCAUUAAUCACAGUUUACGCGCGUCAAAAUUCGCAGCAGAUCAUUACAACCUCAACAUCGCUCAGACUACCUACGCGCCAUUGCAGCUCCGUCGCAAUACACACAUACAGCGCGAUUGCCAUGGCGGACACAACGACACAAAGGGCGCCAGUCAAACGCGCCCUAAAACCUGCCCCCAAGCCAGUCUCGUACACCCACCAGCCUCGGCUGAGAUCUGAGGUCCACUUUGUUCUCGCUGGAGUAUCCUCCGAGUCGAAUGCGACCCAUGUUAAGACGGCUGCUAUUCCACAGCCUUUUCUCGAACCCCACCUGCUCACGUCCGAGUUGCCUCAAUGAGCACAAGUGGUCCAGAGAUGGGGACAAGCCUUCCCCGCCAAGUUGAAAUGCGAACAGUCUCUGGCCUCUGCUAAACAAAAGCCGAAGGCCCAAAGGGCCAAAAUUACCUUCGGAUGAGUGGAGGUCUUGACCCCGGGCAAUGUUCAGUCCCGAAUGCGGGGUCGGGAGGAUGUAUGACACGCGAGAGUGUCAAAGAUUAAUGCGGAUCACUCGGUCCAAGAUGAUGAGCCCGUUCCGGGGGGAGCAAGCAGAUUCUUAGGUCAAACAGGUG